UGCAAUUUCAAAGUAUGAAAAUAAGACCAUGUCCAACUUUACGAAGUUCAGUUCUAGGACCAUUGAAGGUGCUAGAAAAAAGGGCUUAAAAAGGCACAUUAAUCCAAUUUUGGAAUAUGUCGCUCUUGAUUAUAGAUGUGUACGAAGUGGUGAGUACAAAAGCCAAUCAACAGGUCUCCGGCCGCAACAAAGUUCUUUUCGUUCAAAUUGCCCUGUGGUUUUGACUGUUCGACCCAAUGAUUGUGGAGAAAAAUUAGUCAUAAAAAGUUUUAUUAGUGAACAUAAUCACAUAUGCAGCAAGGCAAUGUAUGAUCACUAUCCUAGACAAAGGAGGCUGGAUACUGAUUCUAGAAUUAUGGCAACGAAAUUGGUAACGAUGAAGGUUAAUAAAAAAAUAUUACAAAAUGAUCUGAUGAAAACCCACAAUAAAAUAGUAACGUUGAAGGAUAUACAUAAUUUGGUUAUAUCCAAAUCACCGGCAUCAGACGCCUUAAAAAUAUUGGCAACUAGUUAUGAGGGAACUGACGUCACCCUUAAUAUUUUAAAAAACGAAAAAAAUGAGCUCAAAGCAAUCUUUUACCAGGACAAAGAAAUGCAAAGAAUAUUUUCUUUGUGUCCUGAAGUGUUGUUUGUUGAUGCCAUAUAUAAAGUAAAUGACUUAAGAAUGCCCCUCUACGUUUUUUUAGGUAUUCAUCUUUACUACGUUUAAU